AUGGUAUCUGAAAAGCAGACAACCGUAGUUGAAUACAUUUCGUCCAGUGAUAGGGAGGAUGCGGAGUUAUCAUUUGAGUUCAGCAAACAGGAACAUGCUCUUGGCUGGUGGGAUGCCAUGCGUUUGCAUUACCCCGCCAUUGGCUGGGGAAUUUUCAUGAACCUGGCAACUGUUCUCAAGGGGAUUGACGGAGGAAUCGUUCGCAGCCUUGUUGGACUUCCCGUCUUCAAGGAGACAUACGGAUACAACAACAAUGGGAAAUACAUAAUUGCCGCGCAGUGGUUAUCGGCCUUCAAUUAUGCCAAUCUUCUAGGUGCUAUUGUCGGUGCUGUUUUGUCUGGAAUGGCGUAUGACCGCUUCGGGCCCCGAUGGGUGACGGCAAGCUGCUGUGUGCUCUCAAUUGCGUUCAUCUUCUUGCAGUUCUUUAGCCACUCACCAGCUCAACUUUUCAUUGGGGAGCUGAUCAACGGCUGUAUUAUUGCAUUUUAUCCCAUUUGUGCAUCAGCAUAUGUCGGCGAAGUCACCCCUCUCGUACUUCGCGGAUUUGCUGCCACUAUGACUAACCUUGCCUUCUCAAUUGGCUCCCUACUCGCUAGUGGUAUCCUCAAGGGCACGGAGUCCAUGGACAGCAAGUGGUCGUUCAAAAUUCCUAUCGCGACCCAAUGGGCCCUUCCAUGUAUCAUGCUCUUACUGGUGCCUCUGUGUCCGGAUCCACCGUACUGGUUGUGUCGCAAGGGUCGUUAUGAAGACGCUACAGCCUCGCUGCGCCGCCUUGGGACCUCAGCUUUGGAUACGCCUAAGAAGCUAGCACACAUAAAGGAGACGCUUCGCUUGGAAAAAAGUCACCCGGGCGAGCGGUCCAAUUACAUUGAUUGUUUUCGAGGCUCUAAUCUCCGUCGCCUUAUGAUUUGUGUUAUGGCAUACGAUAUGCAAGCGUUUACUGGCAAUGUCUUCUUUCUUAGUUAUGCCGUGCAUUUCAUGGAACUGGCCGGACUCGAUGCGUCGGAUGCAUUCUCCAUGAAUAUUGGUCUCACCGCACUGGGACUGUUAGGCACUUGCAUAGCAUGGUUUCUACUCUCCUACGUCGGCCGGCGAACCGUGUAUAUUUUUGGAUGUUCCACCCUGGCUGUUGUGCUAUUCGCCAUUGGUGCGGUGGAUCUUGCCCCGCGGCAAUUAUCUACCACGUGGGCGCAGUGCGGCUUGAUGCUACUUUGUACUUUUGUGUAUGAUAUGAGCUUGGGACCAUUCUGCUACGUGUUAUUGGCCGAGGUAUCCUCGGCGAAACUUCGCGGACUUACAAUCGCACUCUCAACGGUGACUUGCUUUAUCUGGUCGAUUGUAUUUGCCGUUGUCAUACCAUACGCCAUGAAUGAGGACGAGGGUAAUUGGCGUGGCAAGAUUGGAUUUUUGUUUUCGGGCCUCAGUUUUCUAAGUGCGCUCUAUUGCUUCUGGUGUAUACCCGAGACAAAAGAUCGUACAUUUGAGGAACUGGAUAUCUUGUUUGAUCGGAACAUCCCAAGUCGCAAGUUCAAGCAUUUCAAGGUAGAUGUUGAUGUUUGCGGAAGACGUCUAGAGUGA